AUGACAUCAGAGCGUCAGCCUCCAGAAACGUCCUCGUCCUGCUCUGCUUCUCCAGAGGAUCGGGAUAAAAAAACGUUGCCAUCUCCUCGUUGCGAUAACCCUGCAGAGGUUCAGGAGAGGACGCCGUCAGAUGGACCGCCACUGGAGGAGAGAUCAGUAGGUUUGAUUUUACCAAAGGAGAUCCAUGAUGAAGAUCCAGAUGCGAGUGCUCAAGUCUACACAUCUCGGGUCCUGCUAGCAAUAGUGGGAAUCCCAAUCAUCAUCAAACUCAUCAUCACGUCUGCUCUCUUAGUCAAGUUCCUGGUGUUCCCUUCUGAGUUUGGUGAUUCUCCACCUCUCUGUGAUGCUGACGGGAGCUGCAGCGUCCCAAGUCAGCGGCCUUUUCUGUCUAAGAAUCCAGUGAACCAGACGGGAAACAUCACUGCAGACUGUCAGGUUCCGGUGAGUGACGGCCGGCGUAUUGUUGGAGGAACCUCAGCAGCAGAGAGCAAGUGGGGGUGGCAAGUCAGCAUGCACUGGAUGGGGAAACACGUCUGCGGUGGAGCCAUCAUCGCUCCUCACUGGGUCAUCACUGCAGCCCACUGCUUUGAACAACAUGCUUACAGCCUCUGACUGGCAUGUCGUGGUGGGCACGGUCAGCAUUGCUCACAAUUCCCCAG